AUGAUGAGCAUGCCAUCACACGACGUUCAUCGACAAGGAAGUGCCCAAGCCUUACGAGACAUCGAUAAUCUUUACGGCUCUCGACUCCCGGAACCUCCGCCACCUCCUCCUCACCUGAGCAACCCCGCACCACCCGUCCACCAACAUUCAUAUUCAUCAUCGUCGUCUUUGGCUCCAUUGACGGCACAUCAAGCAAUCGGAUACUCCACGCCUCCACGAUCUCCUGGCCAUACUUCUCACUCAAACUCUGGCUACGGUCCUGCUGCAAGCAACACAGCACUCGCAGCUGGUUAUCAACAACACAUGUCGCGCGGCUCACACUAUGGCGACGCCUACGAUGACUUCGACCCCAGCAACAUAGCAGAUGAUGGAGAGGAUGACUUUGAGCAUGUUCCCCAGAACAGAAACGGUCGGCGUGCUCUGGGAGCAGGAGCCGGGGCAGCUACUGGCGCAGGCGCGGGUAUGCUUGGAACGAUGGGAAGUGGAUCCAGCGGCGGAAACUACGAUCCUGUAGGUCAGACUGAAAAGUCCGAGUGGCUCAGAAAACAGAGUACCAGGCAGAAACGACUGCGAUGGAUGAUUGGAGCACUCGUCCUCUUCUUGGUGGUUGGAGGAAUUGUUGGCGGUGUCGUUGGCGGCAUCCUGGCUAACAGAGGAGGCGGUGGUGGCAGCUCCCCUUCUGCACCUGGAUCAAGCUCCGGCGGAGAUCUCACCAUCAACAGCGCGGAGAUCAAGGCUCUGAUGAACAACAAGGACUUUCACAAAGUCUUUCCGGCAGUAGACUACACGCCGUUCCAUGCCCAGUACCCGGCGUGUGAUAUCAAGAAUGGUGGUCCCGAUCAGAACAAUGUGACCAUCGACAUUGCGCUGCUCUCGCAACUGGCACCCGCUGUGAGGUUAUACGGAACUGACUGCAACCAAACCGAGCUGGUCUUGGAGGCCAUCUCCCGGCUGGAGAUGCAAGACACUAUGAAGGUCUGGAUCGGCGUGUAUCUGGAUGGAAACUCAACUACAAACGACCGCCAGAUCGCACACAUGUGGGAUCUUCUCGACAACUAUCCCCACGACAGCUUUGCUGGGCUUAUUGUGGGAAAUGAAGUCCUCUACUCCAAGUACAUGACAGCUUCGGAGCUUGGAGAUACGCUAGAAGAGAUUCGCAAGAACGCGACGGCCAAGGGCAUCAACCUGCCAGUGGCCACGGCAGAUCUUGGCGACAAUUGGGACACUGCCUUGGCAGCAACCUCGGACAUUGUCAUGGCGAAUAUCCACCCGUUCUUCGCGGGAACGGUCGCAGAAGACUCCGCAAGCUGGGCGUAUACGUUCUGGCAAGGCAAAGAUGUGCCACUGAAGACUGCUGAAACGAACACUAUCGGAUCGGUCACAUAUCCCACUCAGAUCAUUGCCGAGAUCGGAUGGCCGACAGAGGGUGGCAACGAUUGUGGUGUUGCCACUGACGACGCUUUUGGGUGUAAAAGCGACACUGAUGGUGCCGUGGCCAGCAUCGACAAUUUGAACAUCUUCCUCGAUGAGUGGGUCUGUGGAGCAUUGAAUAACGGAACCACAUUCUUCUGGUUCUCCGCGUUUGAUGAGCCAUGGAAGCACCAGUUUGACACCGCGCACAACAAAUGGGAGCCUUUCUGGGGAUUGUUCGACGAGGACCGAAAUUUCAAAGACGGCGUCAAGAUUCCAGACUGCGGCGGCAAGACUGUCGACAAGCCGUACUGA